AUGGAUUCAACAUCAUCUUCACGCGAUACCCUGCCAUCUUGCCUUCAAAUCCAAACCCUGUGUAAGAUCAAUGAUCCUCCUCCCUCGUCCUUAUCAUAUUCUCCCCCUACUUCACCAUCAUCAUCUACACUACCUUCAUUACCUGCAAUGCUUUCUUCACCACCACCUACACCCACUUCAAUGGAACAAGAUCACACCGCUGCUACUUUUCUCCCUCCCUAUCAAAAAGUCCCUGGUGAUAAAAAACCUAUUCCACCUCCUUCCGGGAUCACUAGCAGAAAGCAAUUCAUCCAUGCCUAUGCUCGUAUGGCACCCUAUCUUCGCCCGACUCAUUCUUGUCUCUUUGGGAAAAGACACGACCUGUCGCAAAUUGGAUCCGCUCUUUUAUCCAGGCACACCGACAAUCACAAUGAUCAAGAUAAUGGUUUAAUUACACCACCCUCACCACCCUAUACCACCUUAAUCCUUGAUCGAUCUGUGAAAAGACCUAGUAGAUCAUUGAGCUGUGAUUGGGAGCAUAGAAGAAGAUGUCACUCUCCCCACGACAUUGCCGAUCCACCGAAAAAGAGCUCAUCCACCACAAAAACAGGCAGUGCUCGUGACAUGUCGCACAAGGAUAUCCCACCGAGCCCAUUAGUGUCCCACAAAAAGAAGGUGAUUGGCGAAGCUCCUAUCAAAACGACAUCAUCAACAAGGCGUCCAUCUUCGAAUCGACCUGCAACGAGCAGCAGCAACAACAAUGCAAAUGGAGGUGAAUUGCGCAUCAAGGGUCUUACAUUGCAUCCGGCCUAUACGUUUGACACAUUGAACAUUGAUAAUGACGAUCAUGAUUUUUUCCCUUCCGAUUGGGUGCCCAAUCCAGUGUCCCUAGACCAGGUCCCAGUAGACGUUUCAUGGAAGGGACAACCAAUGCCCCCUGAUGAUCAUCAACCCUACUUGAAUCGCUUACAUCCUCAGGAAGUGAAGAUCAUUUCACACAUGAGGAUGACACCUGCUGUUUAUCUUCGAUGCAAACGAGCCAUAAUCAUGGCUGCUCGGGAAUUCACUUUGCACCACCAAGAAUUUCGCAAGUCGGAUGCACAAAAGGUGUGUCGCAUCGACGUGAACAAGAGCAGUAGGCUAUGGGCUCUCUUUCAUGCGUACAAUUGGUUGUCGCCUCAUCAUCCCACCACUACAACGACGACAUCCAAGAAAGAUUGA